UGAUGUUGGCAGUAAAAGCAAGAGCUGAUGAGUAGGAGCCAAACUGGAAAAUAAAAGCCUCUUGGUUCUAGCACUCCAGAGGGUAGGGAGGAAGUCUUUGGACUUUUAAAUAAACUGUGGAGGAUUGAGUGGUGACAACCUCCCCAUGAGAGGACCUCCUCCACCCAUCCGCAGAGGAGGAAAAGAGUAAGCACAAGAAGUGCCUGAUGCACAGCCCCAACUCCUACUUCAUGGAUGUGAAGUGUCCAGGAUGCUACAAAAUCACCACCACCUUUAGCCAUGCACAAACAGUAGUUUUGUGUGUUGGCUUCUCCACUGUCCUUUGCCAGUGUAUAGGAGGAAAAGCAAGGCUUACAGAAGGCUGCUCCUUCAGAUGGAAGCAAAACUAAAAGCACCCUGAUGGAAUUAAGGUCUUAAUACUAUUUGGAAGCAAUGACCAAGUUUGUAACUGUCACUGAAUAU